CGAACAAACCGCACAAGUGAGAAGCGACCCAGGUCGGACUACUCACUUCGUCUUAAACCAGUAUUUAUUUUUACAUUUUUAAAUCACAAAUGUUGAGAUUGGUACUCAUAGUGUAAAUUUCAUAGUCGGCCAUUUUGUUUUAAGUUCGUGUGCAAAAUGGCUUCCAACUACACGGACCUGAUCGGGCCUAUGGCGUAUCCAUUGAAAAUGGUAGCCAGAGAGGUGGAGGAGCACAUGCUAGGAUGGAACAUUCCCGAAGAACAUCAAGACAUGGUGCACGAGCACUGGCGCGCGUUCCCCGCCGUCAGCAAGUACUGGCACUAUUGCAUGGCGCUUAUCUACACCAUACUUAUGGUCAUGUCGCUCACGGGCAAUGGGAUCGUCAUAUGGAUCUUUAGCACUUCAAAAUCCCUGCGAAGCGCCAGCAACAUGUUUGUGAUAAACCUGGCGAUCUUCGAUAUGAUGAUGAUGCUGGAAAUGCCGCUGCUCAUCAUCAACUCCUUCUACCAGCGGACUGUGGGCUACCAGCUUGGAUGCGACAUCUAUGCUGCUUUAGGCUCAUUGUCUGGCAUCGGGGGUGCUAUUACGAACGCUGUAAUCGCAUUUGAUAGAUACAAAACGAUAUCCUGCCCGCUGGACGGCCGCAUUAACAAAGUACAGGCGUCCCUUCUCAUCGUGUUCACCUGGUUCUGGGCGAUGCCCUUCACAAUACUGCCCUGGAUCCAAGUGUGGGGAAAAUAUGUACCAGAGGGCUUCCUGACGACGUGCUCGUUCGACUUCCUGACUGACGACCAGGACACGAAAGUGUUCGUGGGCUGCAUCUUCGUGUGGAGCUACUGCAUCCCGAUGACGCUCAUCUGCUAUUUCUACUCCCAGCUCUUCAGCGCGGUACGCCUCCACGAGCGUAUGCUCCAAGAGCAAGCCAAGAAGAUGAACGUGAAGUCACUGGCGGCAAAUAAGGAGGACGCUGGCAAGAGCGUCGAGAUCCGCAUCGCUAAAGUAGCCUUCACUAUUUUCUUCCUAUUCGUCUGCGCUUGGACGCCGUACGCGUUCGUUGCGAUGACUGGUGCCUUUGGAGACAGGAGUAUCCUGACACCAGUGGCCACGAUGAUCCCAGCGGUGUGCGCUAAAGUGGUGUCCUGUAUAGACCCGUGGGUGUACGCCAUCAACCAUCCCAGAUACAGGGCCGAGUUAGAAAAGCGGCUGCCAUGGCUGGGCGUGCGCGAACAGGACCCCGACGCCGUGUCUACCACCACCAGCGUCAACACGGCCACCACGGGACCCCAGGUCGAGGCCUGAACUUGAACAAUCCCUUCCUGACGUAAUCUGUGCAAAUCUCAUGCCAAGCAAGGCAACCGUAGACACCGAUUAAUUUAUAUUUCGUAUGGUCACUUUCAGAGCUGCUGCGUUAAAGCUAUGAUUAUGAAAUGAUGCUGCGAUAACAGACGGCACAUAGGUGUGAAGUCCUUUAAUGAACCGCCACACAGUUAACGGUCGGAUUCUUGUUUUAUGUUAUCUUUUACAGUACUUAUAUACCUAAAUAUAAAUGUGCCUUACUAGUACCUCCUAUUAAAUUCUACCUCAAAUCAUAAACAUUAAUAUUUUUAACUUACUUGAAAAAUGUUUUAUAAAAAUAUAUAAAAAUAAAAAUUCGUAUUAUCUACAAAAGAGACAAUACAACCCAUUAUAAAUGAAUGGAUCAAUCAUCAAGAUUAUUUGAAAACGUAUUCAGGUCAAAAAUAUUUCAUCAUGUAGAUUAAAAAGGAUUUUUCGGAGCACAAUAUUAGCGUUCGUCCCUCGGGACUCUCAAUAAUGGAAACCUUAACGAAUCUCUAUUUCACAUUCAAUGGAUUGCUGUUUGUUAUCAAAGAAAUUCAUUUAUACAAAAAACUUUUUAAUAAUUAGAGAAAAUCAUUAAUUUUGACGGUUCAUUUUUGAGGUAUCUGUUAUUUAGAAUAUUUAGACGAGCUUCAAUCUCGUAUUUAAUUUGAGUAAUGAAAUAUUUCAAUGCCUUCUUUAAUGGACUGGGAUUUGGACUGAUUGCAUUUAACUGAUAUUUUGUAAUGUUAUCGUAUUAUUAUUGAUAUACUUUGAGUACGAAUCUCUGAUUCACGUAAUAUUAUUACUUUUGUUAUAUCGGAUCUUUGAUUAAUGACCGGCUGCCCUAAUGGAUUCUGAUGACGCCAUAUUUUUUUACAAUGGAAGCAAAAUAUAAAAAUAACAAAAAAAAUGGAAGGACCGAUCCCGACGACAAUGGCUAACGACUUUGAAGCAAAUAAAGUUGAAUACUGCAAGCAA